CGGAGCCGGGUGGAAAUUGAUCUGGAUCGCCGCCGACAAGAACGACUCAGAUUCUCCUUCCAUAAUUUCUCUCCCUCCCAGUUUUCUUCUACCCAUAAACAACAGCGAAUCUUCCAACCAUAAGAAGGAAAACCCUUUAGAUCUAAGCCUUCCUCUUUUUCUUUCUUCUUCUUUGAAGGUAUCUCUCAUCUAUCUCUUCUUCACGUUUCUCAGCCCUAAGUCCGAACUGUAAAUCUAAUAAAAUUUUAUUAGGGAAGCUUAAUUGAAGUUGAUUUACAAUCGAGUGGCAAUUUCUCUAAUAAACAGUACCCCAUAUCUCAAUUAUAGUCUGUCGUUAAGGUCUUAGCUGCCGAUUGUAACUUUUUUACAAUGUCUAGAAGACCGACUGCAUUGCAUCGUCUGGGGGAUCCGGUGAGCAUACCAUUUAUGGGCUCGUCGCAUCCAAAAUCACGGCCAUCUUCUUUUUUAUACAUUGGGAUUGUGGUUGUGGGUGCAUUGCUGAUUAUAGGUUUCUUAUAUCAUGGUUCAGGUGGAAAAAGAGGACUUGAAGAUUUCAAUAGACUUGAAGGUGUAGCUUCAUGCACAGCAGAGCUUCAAAGAGCGUACCCUAUACUCAAAAAGGCAUAUGGCGAUAGCACAAGGAAGGUAUUGCAUGUGGGCCCCGACACAUGUUCGGUGGUUUCCAAGUUAUUAAAAGAGGAGGACGGUACAGAAGCGUGGGGCAUCGAACCAUAUGACUUAGAAGAUGCAAAUCCUGAUUGCAAGAGUUUAGUCAGCAAAGCCAUUGUUCGUGUUGCUGACAUCAAGUUCCCACUCCCCUACCGUGCCAAGUCAUUCUCCCUCGUCAUCGUGUCUGAUUCUCUAGAUUACCUUUCUCCAAGAUAUAUCAACAAGACCGUUCCUGAGUUGGCUAGGGUGGCUGCUCAUGGCUUAGUUGUCUUCACUGGAAUGCCAGGUCAGCCACGAAGACCUAAAGUAGCAGAGAUGUCCAAGUUUGGACGCCCCGCCAAAUUCAGGAGCGCCUCGUGGUGGAUAAGGUUCUUCGUACAGGCCAACCUUGAAGAGAAUGAAGCUGCAACUAAGAAGUUUGAACAAGCAGGGGCAAAACUGUCUUACCAGCCAGCAUGCCAUGUUUUCCACCUUAAGCCCCUCCAUUGACAGGGUGUUUGGGACUGAUUUUUGAAACUAUUCUCAGUUUUGGACAGAAAGAGUUUGAAAUAUUCGGAAGCAUCUGGUUUUCAGCUUUUCUUCAGAUACUAAGAAGCAGAAACUGGGAAGCACGUUCCAGACGCUCUCCUAGCUUGCGGGCAUAACAAAUUACGUGCCGAAUAUACCCCCGUGUAUCCUGCGAGGCUAACUGCUUGCCCUUUUUGUUGUUCUUGUUUUCUUAUAGCUGUGCAAUACAUAUAUUUACAUGUGUGUUCCAUUCAGUGUGUUCAGACAACAUAAGAUGCUUGACAAAUUGAA